AUGUUUCCAUCGACCACCUUUGUCCCAACUCCGGGCGUCGAAGGAUCUCCACCGUUCGUGCGAAAGUUUCGGCCGGAAAUUGAUCUCCACCUGAACGUUAGUCCCGAACCGAUGUCCGAUGGGUACGAGGGUUAUGCCGAUCUAUCCUCACAGUCGUCUACCUCCGGUACGAUCCCGAGGCGUGCUGCCUCACCUUCUACUUCGGUUUGUGCACUCGGCUUUCUACCGAUGGAUUCCGUCUCGAAGGGUUACGUACCGGAGGAGGUGUGUCUGAAGGCAGCCCAUUCUACGAUAGGUGCAUCGUCGGGUUCUCGCACGACUAUGAUACGGAAGUCAUCCUCUACCGGACUACUGACGACGAACGAAUCAGCGACGGCGAUGAAAAGCUCCAACUGGAUCCGCUCGAUCCGGCUGGCUAGUGAUGUGCGAAGCUUUAAUGCACUGUUGGAGCUUACGACGACACAGCUGCUUCGUGUGAGGCUCACCGGUGAUGUGAGCAACGGUGAGGAGCUGAAGCUAUGGUUCUCGGAGGACGUGAUAGCGCACAUGCAGAUACCUUUCCUCACGCCCAUUAACAUUCAACGACAAAACUGCUACGUUUGCCACCUGUGUCAGAAAUCGUACGAAUAUCCCAAUCCACUCAAAAUCCAUCUCGCGACCAACUGUAACCGUGAACCCAUCUCGAUCCUUUGGCACCGUUUACAUCAAGCCCUCGCCACGCGUUACGGAGGUCCAUUCAAUCCGCUGUACGAAUUCCAACCGUGGCGAAAUUCCGCUUUCCGGCCCGUGCUUAAUGCACACGUCGUGAAAAUGGAUCACAUUUCACCUCCGACUUCAAAUCGUCGCAUCCAUCAUCCACCACCGGUAGAACCUGUGGCCGCUGAUGAACCGACCGGAGCACAUCUCGUCACCGCAGCCCAUCUGGAAACGAUCGUCAGCAAUAUGGGAUCCUCGAAACAGGGCCAUGUGUGCAUUUACUGUGGGAAGUUGUAUUCGCGCAAGUACGGACUAAAGAUACACAUCCGGACGCAUACCGGCUUCAAGCCGCUCAAGUGCCAAUACUGUCUGCGCCCCUUCGGUGAUCCGAGCAACCUCAACAAGCACAUCCGACUUCAUCGCCAGCACGAUGGUUCGCUGUACGAGUGUAAUCUGUGCGGGAAGAAGCUGGCCCGCCGGCGGGAUCUACAGCGACAUCUACAGGCGAGGCACAAUAGCACGCAGAUAAUCGAUCAAUCCACCACCUCGGAGGAUGACGAUGAUGAUGAUGAUGAGCAUGCGGAUACUACACAGCGGCGAAGUACGAGCAGUGGUGGACGUCGGCAGGUGGAUAGUUGAGCC